CCAGAGGCAGAUCCCAGAUUAUUUCCCUUUCUUUACUGCUUCCUCAGGUCUUUGUCUCCGCCCAAAUAAAUAUUUCCAGAGGAAAUUCCUGAGUUCUGUGACAGAAAAAAAGAGAGGAACGCACCUACAUUCAUGUGUUUAUUGUAAUGAUAACGGUAAGAAUACGUGCGGUUUGUUAUGACCUUUGUAAUGUGUUGAUUAUGUGUCCCUCAUGAGUGGUUUCUUCAGUAUCUAGCCAGAGAGAUGGCUUUGAUCUUUACUACGAUGUGGCUGGCUGGCUAGUUACAGUAGAUCAGUGUAUUUAGUUGCUGUAUAUAGGGAAAUAUCACCGUGUAGCCAUCAUGUAAGUGAACCUGGUAUGGACAGACCAGAGCCAUCUAUUGCAUGCCAACAUGAAGCAUAUCUAUGGGCCAACAACAUCCAUAGACUAUGGCUCUAUGGCUUGACUAGUGUGCAGUGUACAAGCAGACAGAAUCCAAAUAAAUGCAUGAUGUCUGAUCUAUAUAAUGUCUCUCUCUGGUUCUUAGAUGUCUGUGGAGGGGAGGCUGGGGGCCAGGCUGGUGCCCUGCUGUGUGUGGUUGUGUCUGGGGCUGCUGUGUCUCCUGUCCACCCUGCCCUGUUCCUGGUCCCAGGACCCCCUUUACGUUGGCGACCCCAUGGAUAUUGGGGACCCCAUGGAUGCAGAUCGGGGUGCCUUCCAGCCGCAGAGUGCCCUGUCUGACAUGGAGUUCUCUUCCAUUGCUUCCUACCGCGGCCCCGGCAACAAUGACUCACGUGGCAACAAGGAGCUGCCCAUCCUGUUGUGGUGGAGUGCAGGACUCUUCCCUCAUUUCCCCGGAGACACAGAACGCAUCGACUGUCACUCCUCCUCCUGUCUGGUCACACGCAAUAGGAAGGUCUGUGGUUCUAGUAUUAUAGCUUGGUCUUCCAGUGGUUUUUUUAUUUUGUGUGUUAUCUUAGCCUGGUCCUAGAUCUGUUUGUGCUGUUUUGCCAACUCCUACGGCUAUGGCCAUUGUCACACCAACAGAUCUGUGACCAGGCUAGUGUUAUCUUUGUGAUCUGUUAAUACAUGUUGUUUAUAAUAUGUUAUUAAUAAUAGCCCUGUCUUUUUCAUGACCAUGGAUUUCCGUUUGUAUUGACAGCAAUGUGGAUAUGAAUAAACUGGAACCAUCCUGAUCUCUACAGGUUCAACUGUACCGACGCACCUCCUCCAUCAUCUUCUAUGGGACAGACUUCAGGGCCUACGAGGCUCCUCUUCCCAGACCCUCUCACCAGACCUGGGCCUUAUUCCACGAGGAGUCCCCCAUGAACAACUACGUCCUGUCCCACAGCCCAGGCAUCAGGCUGUUUAACUACACAGGUACAGGGAGACAAUGUGUCAACUCUUAUCUUGUGUAAAUAAAUUAAAGGGUACUUGGAGCCAACAAUCGCUCACAUAAAAAAAUUAAGCCUGCGUCCCAAAUAGCACCCUAUUCCAUAUAUAUUGCACUACUUUUGACCAGUGCACAUAGGGCUCUAUCUAGGGAAUAGAGUAUUAUUUGGGACGCAGCCUCAAACAAAGGCCAGCACUCACUUGAAUGAAUAUAAGUUGCAAUCAAAGCUUUGUUUUAAUUUAAUUUUUCUCAUAGCAACAUGUCUUAACAGACCAAACACUCCCUAUGUUCAACUCCACAGCCACCUUCAGGAGGGGCUCAGACUACCCUCUGACCCUGCAGUGGUUGCCCUCCCUGGGAUACCUGCUCCAACCCGUAGCCGUGUCUCUGGAGCAGAAGAACCACUGGAGGAGAGAGGGCCUGGCCCCAAUCAUGUACAUGCAGUCACACUGUGACGUCCCCUCUGACAGGGACAGAUACGUACAGAAACUCAUGAAGUACAUAGAGGUACAGUGGUAUGGAAUGUGUUCCCUCCUAGCCUAGAUGUUUUGAUAUAAAGGAAUGUGGUCUGGUUUUUAUUGUUGUAUCCCAUGAUUUGGUGGACUGGCAACCAUUUGUGUGAGUUGAGCCCUCUACCCUAGUCCUAACUUUUCUCCCAAAUACCUCUUUCUUUGUCCCCUGUUCCCCCACCCACUGUCUCUCUAUAUUUAUUUAUCUUUCACUCUCUCGCCCCCCCUCCCUCCAGGUGGACUCAUAUGGAAAAUGUCUGAACAAUAAGCCCCUCCCCCAGUACCUGGAGGACACAAGCACGGCCACAGGGGAGGACGCCGGCUUCAUGAGCUUCACGGCACGCUACAAGUUCCACCUGGCCCUGGAGAACGGCCUGUGUCAGGUGAGUGAGUGAGUGAGUGAGUGAGAGAGAGAUUGAGAGAGAGAGAGAGAGAGAGAGAGAGAUUGAGAGAGAGAGAGAGAGAGAGAGAGUGAGAGAGAGAGAGAGAGACAGAGAGAGAGAGAAAUACUAAAUUAAUGAUUUUAUCGUUGUUUUAGACAUCCUUUAUGUUUUAUUAUUUUAUUAAUCUCUCUUAUACAAUAGGAACUUAAUGGUGAAUAAUGUAUUGUGUCAUUUUGGAGUCACUUUUAUUUUAAUUUAACUUCCUGCUUACUUUCAUAGCGAAUUGCCUUUAAUUGUUUUCGUCUCUUUCAUUUCAUUGUUGUAAAGCAUGUUUGAUUUUAAAUGUACUUUAAAUAAAGUUGGAUUUAAUUUGAUUUCCUCCAGGACUACAUGACAGAGAAGCUAUGGCGGCCUCUCCACCAGGGCUGUGUACCAGUCUACCGCGGCUCCUCCUCAGUAGCCGACUGGAUGCCCAACGACCACUCUGUCAUCCUUAUCGAUGACUUCCCAUCACCUCAGGACCUAGCCAAGUUCCUCAAGGUGCUGGAUGAGAACGAUGAAGAGUAUGCUAAGUAUUUAGAGUUUAAGAAGCCGAGCCGUGUUACCAACGUUGGCCUGUUGGAGGCACUGGAGAGCAGGGAGUGGGGCGUGAACGACAUGAGCAAACCCAACUACCUCAACGGCUUCGAGUGCUAUGUCUGUGACCAGGAAAAUACCAGACUGGCAGCUGAACGGGCUUAUAGGAAAGCCCCAGAGAAGAGCCCGCCCCCCCCAGCCUAAGAUGGCCAAUAAUUCUCAUAUGGGAUGUCCUCUACCCAGCCCAGGGUUUGGAGACAUUCAGGACCUACACACCAAUGACAGGUAGGCACCACCAGCCUCUGAAAUGAAGGGCUUUGUUCUUUGUAUAAAUUGCUUUACCCUUAUAAGUGUAGUACUUUAUGACAGUGUACUGUUUACAAUGAGAGAUAUUCCCCCAUUGAGUGAGUGUCUUAACAUCACAAGCGUUUCUCUCCUAACAUUUCAGAAACUGCUGUGCUUAUUAGCCUCAUUUAUUAGUGUGUGUUUUUUCAGCUGGGUCCAGAUGUGGCCCCAGGACUACUGGCAGAGCCUAGAUCAGGCUGAAGGAUUGGAGUCUCUCAUCAGACAUAACGAGUCGGACCCUGCACUGCUCUGGCAUCACAUCCAGGAGAUGGCUAUGAGGAGGGCCAGAGGAGGACAGGCAUAACUAGUCGAACCCUGCACUGCUGAGGAACCACAUACAGGAGGAGAGCCAGAGGUAACUGAGAAAGUUCCUUAUUGACUGAAAGAGAACAAGGAAAGAAAGCCAUCUAUUUGGACAUGUCCAGAGACUUGCACCCCUAAACCAGUGAGUGGGGCAAACCAGAGAGAUAUGGACCAGCAAUGCUUGGAGAAUCUACCACAAUGUUAAUUAACUGUUACUGAACUAGAGAAGAUGAACUGUUACUGAACUAGAGAAGCUCAACUGUUACUGAACUAGAAGAUGUACAAAAAAAUAAUAAUACAUCAUUGUUUUAAAAUGCCAUCCACUUGAGGUGUCUGGUAGCCAUAUCUGUGGCACCAAAGGGCCUAAUGUAUGUCAAAGUUACAGUAGAUGGGUUUUUUUUUUACCCCUCUCUGCAAUGAAAACCUUUGUGCAAUAUAUUUGAUCUUGUUCUAUAGGUCUCAAACCUGUCGCCAUAACUGCUCUUUUCGACAAUCUUUGCAACACUCAAUCAUGUACAACAUUUUUUAUACUCUAUAUUUAUAUAAUGUUUAUGUAUAUCAGUUUUAUUGUUUAUUGACCGAAAAAGCAUAAGACAAUUAAAAAUGAAAAUGUGAAAAAAAUAUAUAUUAUAGUUAUUUACUUUGCAUAGUCAAGCCUGAAAGUAGAAAAUUGUACCCAACUGCUAAUAGCCAGUUCCCAGUUAAAUAUUUUCAUUACAUAAUCAUAUUUAGAGACUUUUACAUACAGUUCCUUCAUAUUUCACAAUAAAUUCACCAAGUUACGACAUUAAAAGGUCCAAUGAAGCCGUUUUAAUCGCAAUAUCAAACCAUUUCUAGGUAAUUAAGUACCUCACUGUGAUUAUUUUCAAUUAAAAUGGUCAAAAA